AGGCCUGGUCAUGCCUUAUAUACACCUUUCUGUAAUCAGCCCCAGGUUUGGCUGAUUGUGAGCUUCUGGCUGCUAAGAGCACCCGCUGGUCAGCUCUGGUACUGCAGCCCACACGGCAGGAGAGUCCCACCACCAGUGCUGAGAGCACCCGCUGGUCAGCUCUGGUACUGCAGCCCACACGGCAGGAGAGUCCCACCACCAGUGCUGAGAGCACCCGCUGGUCAGCUCUGGUACUGCAGCCCACACGGCAGGAGAGUCCCACCACCAGUGCUGAAUCCAUUCCUGACACAUGGGCUGUUUAAUUGCACACCAAAGCAAAGAUCUAAAGAUCUUGAAAGG